AUGACCGAGAAACAAGAGUACGCUCAGGAUGUUUAUAUCCGCAUGAACCUUGACGAAGACAAGGACUACUGCUUUGAAGUCAAGAAAACGCAGACGUUCAAGGACUUGUUCCAAAUUUUUGAAACGCUGCCUUUGGCACUAUGUCCAUCCAUCUUUUACAACAGGGUUCCUAAGGGCUUUAUGGUUUCCAGAUGUCCUGGAGAGUUAACGGCCGAGGGCGGACUGUUGUUUGGUCGUGACGCGGACAAACCUAAAUGGCUCACUCGAGUCUCGAACGAUGAUUUGAUUGUGUCCAAGGUUUGGCCAGGCCAGUUGUUGCUUCCUAUUUGGGAAGAGAAAACUUUCCUUACCUACUCCAUUUAUGCUGCUCUUCUGACUUGGUUGUACACUGAUCUGCCAGACUUUAUUUCGCCAACUCCUGGAAUUGCGUUGACUACAUGGGUGUGCAAGGCUGUUUGCUACUUGGUGGAAAAAUUCUACGAUGCCGGAUUUGCUGAAUAUUUACGUGGAGAAUUGUUGUUUGAGUCGGGAAAGGUUCUUCAAUGCGUUUUCUUCUUCUUCAACGUGCUCAAGGUGCUCAUUAUAUUUGGAUCUCUGAAGUUUGGUGUUGUGAAUCCUUAUUCAUUAACCAGCAAACCUCCAGCGAUCACAAAAGAAGAUCUGAUUAGGAUUGGAUGGACUGGAUCCAGAAAGGUCUCAGUGGAGGUUUUCAAAGGGGAUUACAGAAAUCAUUGCAUCGAAAAGGCCGGUGGCGUGAUGGCAGCUUAUAAAGAUGGAAUCCUCACUAAGCUGUCCGACACGACGCUUGCUCUGGAAGAAGGAGAGGGAUUCAACACCCCAUUGGACACUAAGGGCAAACUGACGCUCAAGGACCUUGAGGAGCAAGACAAAUUCUUCUUGACUUUGGAUUUUAUCAUCGCCCAGGAGAAGUUCUUCCAUGAGCAGCAUGCUGAUUUGGACGAGACGGAGUUUGCAAAGGCCUUCAAGAAAUUCAGGAACUAUGGGCCAUUUGAGACCUCGCCUCAAAUCAAAAGAAUUGUCGAAAAACGGUUUGAAAAGGCCAAACCAAGUCAGCAGUAG